AUGCUCGAAAUUGCUCUCGCCUUCUUCAUGAUCUCCUUCAUCAUCGCGCUCAAUGGCGCUAUUGGCGUAAUCCACCACGUCCCCUUCCCCGUCCUCGCGCGCGCAUCCUGGGGUUUCUGGGGCUCCUACAUCGCCAUCAUCUCGCGCGCCAUCCUCGCAAUCUUCUGGUUCGCCGUCCAAAACAUGAACGGCGCCAACGCAACCCGCGUGAUGAUAGGCGCCAUCUGGCCCUCCUUCCUCACCCUCAAGAACGGCAUUCCUGAAUCCCAGGGCAUCGAGACGAACACCAUGGUCAGCUUUUUGCUGUUUUGGCUCGCUAGUGUGCCGUUUUUGUGCAUGCACCCGAAUAACCUCAGGUGGUUGUUUAUGGCAAAGAGUGUGAUUGUGCCGAUUGCGUGGAUUGCGAUAUUGAUCUGGGCGUUUGUGAGUACAGACGGGGGCGAGAUGUGGGCGCAGAAAGCGACGUUGGAGGGGAGUGCGUAUUCGUGGGCAUUCCUAUCCUCUCUGACCUCCGUCAUUGGAAACUUUGCUACCCUAUCCGUGAACCAGGCUGAUUUCUCCCGCUACUCCCGCGUCUCCGUAAAAUGGCAACUCAUCUACGUCCCCUUCCUCCCGCUCGUCUUCACAUUUAUAUCCUUCAUCGGCGUCGCCGCCACCUCCGCCGGCCACGUCAAAUACGGCAGCCUCGACUGGGACCCCAUGGCGCUCAUCGCGCACUGGGACAACCGCGCCUGCCGCUUCUUCGCCGCCUUCAGCUUCGCCCUCGCCGCGCUCGGCGUCAACAUCUCGGCCAACUCACUCUCCGCCGCCAACGACCUGACCGCCUUGUUCCCACAGUACGUGAACAUCCGGCGCGGCCAGCUCAUCUGCGCGGUGCUUUCGUGGGCGCUCGUGCCCUGGAAGAUCCUCAAGAGCGCGGGCAGUUUUUUGAACUUUAUGAGUGCGUAUGCCGUGUUUCUGGGCCCCAUUGCCGCGAUCCUCGUCUGGGAUUUUUGGGUCGUGCAUCAGCGGAAAUACGACACGCUGGCGCUUUACCAACCCGGUGGCAUAUAUCGGUACACGGCGGGAUGUAAUUGGCGCGCCAUCGUUGCGUUUGUGGUUGGCGUCGUGCCGAAUCUUCCGGGGUUUAUCAAUUCGAUCAAUCCGGGCAUUGAUGUUGGGGUUGGCUCUAGGCCGUAUACGUUUGGCUGGCUGCUGGGGUUUGUGGCCACGAGUUUGGUGUAUGUGGUGUUGGAGAAUGUGGGUUGCGCCGCCGACGGAGACGUUUAUUGAGAAGGCGGUUUUGCCGGAUGAGAUAUACGAUGGGGCUGGGGUAGUGGAUGAGAGUGUUAGCGUUGGGAAGUGGGGGGAGGAGAAUGGGAAUGAGAAGACGGGUUGGAAGGCGAAGUUGGAUCGGAUAUUGUAGUUUGAUAGGAAGUGGGUAAGUGGAACUCAGCGUCAGAUAGGUACCAAGUAACGCGUAACUCGAAUAUAGAGAUUUGCUCCA